AUGGUUCUCGCCCCUGGUCGCCGCUCACACCCCAACAUGCGCGUUCCGCCGCCAAACACCGCGGACAGCGAUAGCAAUGACAUUGUCAACGAAAAGCCCACUGCCGACACGGCGCCUGCAGUUCCACGGGAAACGAUAAUAAAACUCCUCGCAUUCACACUAGCCAUGAUCGUCGCGCCGAUUGGGAUGUAUUUUUUGAGUGUAAAUACAGUGCUCAAAGGAAAACCUUCGUUUGCUGGCGCCCUGGCAGCUCUUACAGCCAAUGUCGUGCUGGUCGCGUAUAUUGUGGUUGCGUGGCAAGAGGACAAGGAGGAUCAGGCGAAGCGGCGGGAGAAGAAGGGUCAGUAA